CUGUGGAGUCGCCUCGCAGCACCGAGCUGCGAGCGCCCUGCUCCCGGUCCCGGCUCGAACUGAACUGUGCAAGUGGCGGGUCCUGGAGCCCCGGCCCAGGAGCGGCGAGCCCAGGUCUGAGCCCGGGGUGCAGCGGCCGGCCGCCGAGGCCCUGGUUCGGGACCGAGCCGAGGCGCGGAGCGGGAGAGCCGGGCGGGCGGGCCGGCGCCGCGUCCGGGCGAGUCAGGGAGCAGGACCGCGGAAGGCAGGGAGACGGCCGCAAGCAGAGGGCAGAGGGCAGAGUGCAGAGAGCGGCCUGGCUCGGCGGAGGGCGCCGCCCGGCCGGAACCGAGCUCUACGCCCGGGACUGCGGCCGGCGGUGGGGCGCGGACCCAGGGUGGCCACGAGUCCCGAGCGACUCCCCGGCCCACGGCGGGGGGCGUGCCUGCUCCCAACGCAGCCGCCCCAGCCCUGCGCGCCGGUCAGCCGCGUUGCCGCUGGGGCAUGUGAGCGGGAAGUCCGGGCUGCCAGCCGCGAGGACCCGUUCGGAGGAGGAGCCGGAGCAGGAGCGCGGAGCCCGGAGCCCAGCGCCUGGCUGAGUAGAUGUCCAUGAGGAGCCCGGGCUCUGCCCAGCUGGCCCCGGAUGGCGUUGGCACCAUGGUGAACUGUACCGUCAAGUCGGAAGGGAAGAAGGAGCCCUGCCAUGAGGCCCUCCAGGGCUCGGCCGCCGCAGCUGAACCUCAGCCCGGAGACCCAGCCCGGGCUCCCCAGGAUGCUGUUGACUCCCAAGCUCCAGCCCAGGACUGUAGCUCCCCUGAGAGCAAUGGGUCCCCGGAACCCAAGAGACCGGGAGCUUCUGAGGCUGCCUCUGGAAGCCAGGAGAAGCUGGACUUCAACCAACAUUUAAAAGAAGUCGUGCCCGCUAUUGAGAAGCUACUGUCCAGUGACUGGAAGGAGAGGUUUCUGGGAAGGAGCUCUGUGGAAACCAAAGAUGUCAAAGGGACCCAGGAGAGCCUGGCCGAGAAGGAGCUCCAGCUCCUGGUCAUGAUCCACCAGCUGUCCACGCUGCGGGACCAGCUCCUGACGGCGCACUCCGAGCAGAAGAACAUGGCUGCCAUGCUGUUCGAGAAGCAGCAGCAGCAGAUGGAGCUGGCCCGGCAGCAGCAGGAGCAGAUCGCCAAGCAGCAGCAGCAGCUGAUUCAGCAGCAACAUAAGAUCAACCUCCUCCAGCAGCAGAUCCAGCAGGUCAACAUGCCUUAUGUCAUGAUCCCGGCCUUCCCCCCGAGCCACCAGCCCCUGCCUGUCACUCCCGAGUCCCAGCUGGCCUUGCCUAUUCAGCCCAUCCCCUGCAAACCAGUGGAUUACCCCCUGCCGCUGCUGCACACGCCCCCUGCCCCCGUGGUGAAGAGGCCGGGGGCCAUGGCUGCCCACCACCCCCUGCAGGAACCCUCCCAGCCCCUGAACCUCACGGCCAAACCCAAGGCCCCCGAGCUGCCCAGUGCCUCCAGCUCCCCCAGCCUGAAGAUGAACAAUUGUGGACCCCGCCCCCCGAGCCAUGGGGCCCCCACACGGGACCUGCAGGCCAGCCCGCCCAGCCUGCCACUGGGCUUCCUCGGUGAAGGGGACGCUGUCACCAAAGCCAUUCAGGAUGCUCGACAGCUGCUGCAUGGCCACAGUGGGGCGUUAGAGAGCUCUCCCAAUGCUCCCUUCCGGAAGGACCUCAUCAGCCUGGACACAUCCCCGGCCAAGGAGCGGCUGGAGGAGAGUUGCGUGCACCCCCUUGAAGAAGCCAUGUUGGGCUGCGACAUGGACGGCUCCCGCCACUUUCCCGAGUCCCGCAACAGCAGCCACAUCAAGAGGCCCAUGAAUGCCUUCAUGGUGUGGGCCAAGGAUGAGCGAAGGAAGAUCCUCCAAGCCUUCCCAGACAUGCACAACUCUAGCAUCAGCAAGAUCCUUGGCUCCCGCUGGAAGUCCAUGAGCAACCAGGAGAAGCAGCCGUACUACGAGGAGCAGGCAAGGCUGAGCCGCCAGCACCUGGAAAAGUACCCCGACUACAAGUACAAGCCGCGGCCCAAGCGCACGUGUAUCGUGGAGGGCAAGCGGCUCCGGGUGGGCGAGUACAAGGCCCUGAUGAGGACGCGGCGCCAGGACGCCCGCCAGAGCUACGUGACUCCCCCCCAGGCCGGCCAGCUGCAGAUGAGCUCCCCCGACGUCCUGUACCCGCGGGUGGCAGGCGUGCCCCUGGCUCAGCCCCUGGUGGAGCACUACGUGCCCCGGAGCCUGGACCCCAACAUGCCUGUCAUCGUCAACACCUGCAGCCUCAGGGAGGAGGGUGAGGCCACGGAAGACAGGCACUCGGUGGCGGAGGGCGAGCUGUACCGGUACAGCGAGGACGAGGACUCGGAGGGCGAGGAGAAGAGCGACGGGGAGCUGGUGGUGCUCACAGACUGAUCCUAGCGGGAUGGGUGGGCCUGGCCUCCUCCCCCGCCCCCCGGAAGACCUGGCCCUCAGCCCAUGGGUGCAGCCAGCCGGCCUGGACUCUGUUGGUACUUGGACUUGGGCCUGUCGGGGAGAGGGGCACAGCUGUGCACUUGUAGAUAGCCUCCUGGGGGGAAAUGCCCUCCCCACCACCCCUGCGGCCGCGCCCAAGGAGCUGCUGGCCUUGCUGGGAGGACCUGUAGGGUGCUCUGGGGCUGAGGGCCUCGGCCGGCUGGGCCCAUGACCGGUGGGGCUCAUGGUCAGCGGACACUGUAGGACCCUCCCCUCCUGCGGGUCUCCUCACUCCAGGGGUGUGGCAGCUCCAGACCUGUCCCCCUAGGGCCACAUGCUUUGUUUCCAUUCUCGUCCUGGCUGGACCAGCCCCUGUAGGACCAACACCCUCUUCCAUCCCACACCCCGCCCCCCUUCCCAAAUCGCUCCUCUAUCCCAGGAUCACUUUGUACUUCGUGCAAAAAGGUCUGGCUGUCCUUCGCUGUCUUGAUCUUCUGCCAAGCCUGUGGUGCCUCUGGCUGCUGUGUUGAUGCGCGCGUAUGUGUAGGUGUGCGCACACGCGUGUUUCCAUCUGUUCACUUAUUGCACAAGGGAUUUACUGAGCCCCUGCUCCGUGCCAGGCACCGUUGCUAGGUUCCUGUGGGUGUCUCUCUCGAUGCCACUCUUGCUUCUCUGGGGGCCUCUCCGUGCUUCACUGUCCCCAAAUUGCUACCUCUUUGUCAGUCUGGGUGUCUCAGGUUCUGUGUGUCCUGUGUGUGUUUCUGUCCUCGUUUCUCUGCAGGGCUGUGCUUUUCUCCCUUUCUUGGGGUCUGCCUCUGCCCUUUGGACACCGCUGGUCAGCCCCAGAGCCCACCAGCCGCCCUGACCUCCCCCUGCCUUACCCUUCAUUCCCUCCCUGCCUCUCCCCUGCUGGCUGGUUCCCACAGAGCCAUUUUUAGCUCCGAGCAACAUGGGAAUGUGUUCAGCCUCCAAGGGGGUCUUAGUGCCCCAGUCCCUGGUCCCAGUCUGAGUGCUGGGAGUUGAGGAUAGGAGGAUUGAUGCCCCGCCCCCCCUUCCUGACAGUUGACGGAAGCCCUGGAGAACCAGGGCUGCUCCUCAUGGCAGCUGGUGAGUGGGCAGUGGGAGGGGGCUCCCCAUUCUCAGUCAGGUGUGGGGAAGUUGCCUCAGCUCCUGCUCACAGGGACAAGUUGUAUCCCCAAGAAGAACCCCACUGGCACCUGACUCCAAAGAUCCAGAACAGCCCUUGGGUCAGGGUGGGAAGGGAACCCCAAACCCCACCGAGGCAGUUGCGGUGUCUGUGCCAACCCCCUCCCCCAGUCGCUUUCUCUUCCUCCCCCCUUCCCUUCCGCCCAACUUCUCUCCAGGCUGUUUCUUUUUUUAUGACUGUAAACAUAGAUAGUGCUUUAUUUUGUUAAUAAUAAGAUAAUGAUGAGUAACUUAACCAGCACCUUUCUCCUGUUUACACUUGGGGAAUUUUUUUGUUUUCUGUUGGCAUAAUAAAGACAGACCAUUUCAGAA